AUUUUUUUUUAAGGGAAUUAGUUUUUGUGGUAGUUUCGAACGAUGAAGUUAUUUCCUAAUGAUCAGUGAUCAUAUAACAUACAACCCUGUUCAUUUUGAGUGGGGAAAGUACGCAGUCGCAGCGGUUCACACUUCGGAAAGACGCCGUUGCCAAGUUUAGUUCGUCAGCUAGUCCGAGUAGGUGUGUUUCUUGCAAAAAUCGAAGUAUUAAUUGAUAAUUAAUUUGUAAAACCCACCAUAAACACGCGAAAAGUCUGUGUUUUUAAUUACGUGUAAUAAUAAAGCGUGAUAAUUUGAUAAAUUUAAUGGACGAUCUUCGUACUAAAUUGAAGAUAGAUAACGGGAAUGUAACACUGACGCAUGCCCAGUUUGAACAACAUCACAGUGAUAGCGGCGUCGUGAGUAUUUUGACGUGUGAAGUGUGUAGUGUGUUUAAUAUAUUCCUGUAAAAUGACAGUGAGUUGUUUUGCAAAGUGAUAUUUACGUACAAAUAACAAAUAAAGAUCUGGCUGUAAGUGCUCUACAGCCAGAAGGCAAUGUGCGCUGAAGUAUCGUUAACAAUGUAAAAAGUUGAAUAUGCUCGAAAUAUAAAUGUGUAACAAGAAAUGAUAAAAUUCGAAAGUCGCUGCAUUCUGUUUACGGUCUUUUGAGUUGGUUUAUGCAAAAGAAAUGUACGCGAAAGGAAAGGGGUCGUCUGUACCGUCCGACGCACAAGCGCGAGAAAAGCUUGCACUGUAUGUUUACGAAUAUCUUCUUCACAUUGGAGCACAAAAAGCCGCACAAACCUUUUUGUCGGAGAUAAGGUGGGAGAAAAAUAUAACGUUAGGUGAACCACCUGGAUUUUUACAUUCAUGGUGGUGCGUAUUUUGGGACCUGUAUUGUGCUGCCCCAGAAAGACGAGACACGUGCGAACAUUCGUCAGAAGCAAAAGCUUUCCACGAUUAUGGGUUUGUCAAUUCUGGAUAUGGAGUUAAUGGAAUAGCUCACAAUGCUGGUCCAGCGCCAAGUCCAUUGGGUCAAAUGCCCCCAAAUGAUGGAAUGCCAGGGGGUCCGAUUCCUCCAGGUUUCUUUCCGAACUCGACAAUGCGGCCGUCUCCUCCAACCCACCCGUCAAGUCAACCUUCACCGCAUUCACAACCCCCUCCGCCCCAUUCACAGAUGAUGUCUUCACAACCGUUCAUGGGACCACGCUAUCCUCCAGGCCCUAGACCAGGAGUUCGAAUGCCGCAAAUAGGAAGCGAUUUUAAUGGACCCCCAGGUCAACCAAUGAUGCCUAAUAAUAUGGAUCCAACAAGACAGGGUCCACCAGGUAUGAAUCCCAUGAACCCCAGAAUGAAUCCGCCGCGUGGUCCAUCGAUGGGUCCCAUUGGUCCUGGAUCGUACGGUCCCGGAUUACGGGGACCUCCCCCAAACAGUAGUUUAGGUCCUGGAGGUCCUAUGCCUCCAAUGUCAAUGACCGGCCCAGGGGGAAGACCACAGUGGCAACCAAACACAUCAACGCCUAUGAAUUACUCAUCAUCAUCGCCGGGGAACUAUGGAGGUCCACCUGGGUCAGCAGGUCCUCCUGGCCCAGGAACACCAAUAAUGCCCAGUCCCCAAGAUUCGUCAAAUUCUGGCGGUGAAAAUAUGUACACGACAAUGAAGCCGGCGGUUGGCGGCAUUAUGCCAGGAGAAUUUUCUAUGGGUGGUGGUCCCGAGGGUGGCCCCAUGGAAUUUUCUAUGGGUGGUGGUCCCGAGGGUGGCCCCAUGGGUCCAAUGGGACCAAAUUCAAUGGGGCCUGUAUUAAAUGGAGACGGAAUAGACGGCAUGAAAAGUUCUCCCGCCAAUGGCGGUCCCGGAACACCAAGAGACGAUAGUGCAAGCGGAAUGGGAGACUAUAAUUUAGCGGGUUUCGGAGGACCUGGCGAAAAUGACCAAACGGAAUCAGCUGCUAUUUUGAAAAUAAAAGAAAGCAUGCAAGAGGAGGCCAAGAGGUUUGAGAAAGACUCGGACCAUCCUGAGUAUUUCAUGCAAUAACUUCCUCGCUGGCCUCUUGGCUGGUGGACACGCCUUUCUUCCUUCCUAACCUACUAACCCGGGCGGUGGUCUGUCCUUCUGCCCUGGCCCGCACGCCCAUAUUAGCUAAUCUUGGCUGUCGCUAGUCAUGCGUGUUUUCUGUUUACAGAUAUUCCUUUGAGACCUGAGAACAUUGCUGGGGACGAAUGGUCGGUAGUCGGUAGGGCAGGUAUAGGCUAGUGUGCGUGUUUAAGUUCCUGGGCAUGCGCGCAGUAUCACCCCUCCUAUCAAGUCCACCGGCCAAAGACGAGGCGAAGGCAGUUUAAAUGUUUUCGUUCACAUACUACAGUACUUCUACUACCUUUACAUGAAGUGUCUACAUUCCUCCGUGAGGCAGAUUACAGACACCAGUGAAACAUUAUUAAUUAUUAUCUUGCGUAUAUAAUUAAUUGUAUCAUACAAAUAACGAUAUUGCCACUACUUAAAACACAUCACGGUGUAGUUGAUUCUGUUUUUUUUUUUAAUUUCUACAGUAGUUAAAUCGAUACAAAAUUACGGGGUUUUAAUCUGCCUUAGCCUAGUGUGAUUCGUUCGCUCAUCUCUAUGUGUACAUGCAAUAGAAUAAAUAUUAAUUAUGCCCAAGGAGUUCGCACUUCUUGUAACAAACACUUAAAUCAAUUGA